GGAGCUCCACCCACCCGCGCCGCUAUACCUGGCCGCAGGUAAGACUCUUCAGCUCCGCGUUCAGAGCAGCAGCGGCAGCCGGUGAUGGCGGAGUCCCAGCUCGAGGCUCUGGAAGACGGGCAAAUCCCCCCCGCGGUGCCCGAGUCCCGUCCGCAGUUCUACUACAGCGAGCGGCAGCGGGUGGCGCUGGAGCAGCUCAUCACUGGCGGAGACGGAGCCUUCAAGACCUACCUCAAGGAAGAGCAGAGCCACGACUUUCUGUCCGCGCGGGAAAUCAAGAACAUCACUGGAAGCUUCGUCAAAUACCAGGAGGAGGAUGGUGGAGGUCCCGGGGCGGAGAGGGGUCCCGGCGGAGCCAAAACGGACUCCAUGCAUUCCACAUACUGGCCGCAGAUGUCGGACACCGAGGUGCCGCCGCUGGACAUGGGCUGGCCGUCCUCCGGGCUCUUUAAAGGGGUCACCCGGGUGUUUGUGCACACACACCCGCCAAAACCCAACAGCCCGCACAUAAAAGAGGUGGCGCGAAAACUCAUCCAGGAGGCCAGCAAGGUGAUAGCGAUUGUCAUGGACCUGCUGACGGAUCUCCAGAUUCUGCAGGAUGUCUUCGAGGCAUCUCAGCGUGGCGUUCCCGUCUACAUCGUGCUGGACCAUCUCGGAGUGCCGCACUUUCUGGACAUGUGCAGCCGCAUGCAGGUCGGCGCUAAACAGCUGCAGAAUGUGCGGACGCGGACGGUGAGGGGUGUCGGGCUGAAUCUGUCCAUGGGCAGAAUACCUGGAAACGUCCACAGCAAAUACAUGCUCAUCGACGGAGACAAGGUCAUGUUCGGGACCUACAGCUUCUGCUGGAGCUCGUCUCGCAUGGACAGAAACAUGAUUACGGUGAUGUCAGGGCAGAUUGUGGAUUUCUAUGAUCAUGAUUUCAGAGAACUUUACGCCAACUCGGACAAACUGGAUCUUUUCAAGGAGUUUCACCUCAGCAAACCCCAGACGGGGACUCUGUCUCGGGCUGCGGUCUCCAAAAGGCCCCCGGCGGCCACCUCACGCUUCCAGGUGAACCUCGGAGAUGCGACCCGUGGAGAUCUGAAGAUCCCGGCGCACAAAUACCACAAUCCCAAAUAUCUGCUGGCUCUGGGGCAGAUCCCGGGGCCCGCGGAGCCCAUGCAGGAGUUCCUGAAGACCAUGGAGCCACAGGAUCCUGAAGACCUGCAGGAGGACCUACAGAGGGAGCCGGAGAAUCUGCCGGUAGAGACAGAGAAGAAGAAACACAAAACACUGACAUUGAAGAAGAAGAAGAAGAAGAAGCAGGAUAAUAAUACGAGUGACGCGGUUAUUGAAGACAACAUGUCUAAACAUGCGACGCUGAAUGCAGAGGAGAACAUCGAGAAAACGAGCAUGAAGAAGAGAAGAAGCGGGUGGACGAGCUGGUUCAAGAGGUCUAAAUGAGGAUUUGUUAACUCGUACACUUUUAAGGGGUCAUGAACUACCUCUGUUUUAAUUUUGUGUUAUUCUUUGAGGACCAAUGCAUUAAAAACAUCCUCAUUUACAAGUAUUUCUGUGCUGAAAAGAUGAUUGCAGACUCUGAAGUAAACGCCCACUGCUCUGAUUGGCUGACAGAUUUGCAUAUUAAUAAGUCUAAACAGGCAGUGAAGUAUUUGACCCUCAUUUGAACACUGAUUGAAUGGGCGUGGUCAAUUGUAGACUAAAAUAAACACCCACUGCAUUGAUUGGCUGAUAGUUUUGCAUAAUAAUACAUUUAAACAGGCAGUAGGUGUCAAUCUUCUUUAGGGAUGGGGCUUAUCUAGACUAUUACAUCAGAGAGUGGAACAUUCCAGAACCUGUUGUUUUUGUCUUCAAUAUAUGCUGAUUUUACAGGAACUAUAAAGUGUUGAGUUAUAUUUACUAUGGUGUCCCAAAUCACAUUAUUCGUUCACUCGAAGCUGUCAUGAACUACCACUACAUUAAAAACAUUAUCAUGUAUAAGUAUUUCUGUGCUGUUUUGACCCUCAUCUAAACGCUGUUUAAAUGGGCGUGGCCAAUUGUAGACUCUGAAGUAAACACCCACUGCUCUGAUUGGCUGACAGUUUUGCAUAAUAAUAAGUCUAAACAGACAGUGAAGUAUUAGACUAUUUCUCUGUGCUGUUUUUGACCCUCAUCUGACCUCUGAUUGAAUGGGCGUGGCCAAUUGUAGACUCAGCUGUAAACACCCACUGCGCUGAUUGGCUGAUAGUUUUGCAUAUUAAUAAGUUUAAACAGGCAGUAGGUGUCAAUCUACUUUAGGGGUGGGACUUAUUUACACUAUUACAUCAUAAAGUAAAACAUUCCAGAACCUGUUGUUUUCGUCUUCAAUAUUUGCAGAUUUUACAGGAACUAAAAAGGGUUGAGUUAAAUUUCCUAUGGUGUCCCAAAUCACAGGAUUCAUUCACUUGUACACUUUUAAGGGGUCAUGAACUACCACUACAUCAAAAUCAUCGUCAUCAUGUAUAAGUAUUUCUGUGCUGUUAUUGACCCUCAUCUGAACGCUCUGUUCAAAUGGGCGUGGCCAAUUGUAGACUCUGAAGUAAACACCCACUGCUCUGAUUGGCUGACAGUUUUGCAUAUUAGUAAGUCUAAACAGGCAGUGAAGUGUUUGUCUGUAUUUUUCUUGAACACUCCAGACUUUUAUAAAUGAUUGUGAAUGCCAGUUUUAUGUUUAUAUAAUAUUGUGUUAAAGAGUAACAUUUUUCAUAAAGAAAACUGUUUAAAUUGCAUUAAACUGCUGCAGAAAGUG